AUGGAUUUUCAGACUCUCUUGAACCUGAACUCGUGGACGCUGCAGCACUCCCUACCUAUUCGUGUGACUGACAUAAAGGUCGAACACCACCCAAAUAGUGGUAUCAAGAUGAAAGUCCACCCAUUCGAUAGUUUUCAUCGUCGUCCGGCAGCCUCUUCAGUUCAUACCCCUCCUGAUAACCAGCCUUGGUGUCCAUUCCAAUCCCAGCUUGAAUUCAACAUUGCUGAGCUCGCUCUCGAGGCUAGAUUGAACAAUGAACAAACAGACCGCCUCAUAAGAAUUUGCCUUCACAGUUCUGUUGGCAAGGAUAAAUUCACAUUUAGGAACCAUAAAGAUAUUCAUAGCAAGUGGGAAGCGGCAUCUCAUUGGAUCACCAAGGUGGUGUCAUUUACCACUGUGAAAUCAGAAUAUGACCUUGUUCAAAGUGCAGUUCAUGAAAGAAGUGAUCUCAGUGCCUCAUGA